UACGGUUCGCAACGGUGGUCAGCAAAUUAAUAUGGAUUACUUCCACUUGCAAAGCUGCAAAUGGUUCCUAGCAAAUUUACACACUUCCACCCAUACAAGUGACCCAAAACACAAUAUCCAACACUGCACCACCCACAAUGAGGCCUUCCCAGCUGCCAAAGGCUGCAAGCCUCCGUGCUCCUGCUGUGCCCAUGGCGGUGGUGGCCGGAGACCGUGGCCAAAGCCGGCGGUUUAGGGAGGAUGCAGCCGUGGAGAUUCCGGUGGUCCGCCGCGGCAUGCAUCGGCUGCUUCUUGCAGCGGCGUGCUCCGGUGACUGUGAGGGUCUGAGCUUCCUUCUCAGCGGAGACGGCAACUCAGUAGCUCAUCCAACUACCAUGAAGCCUAGCGAGAAAUUCCUUAAGCUCAUACCAGUGCGCAACGGAAGUUCGCCUUCUGACAUAGAGGAAUGUACCAAUGUUCCUUCCGUGGCUGCAGAGUCGUUGCUAGAGGGUGUUACCGUUGAUGGGAACACCGCGCUUCAUGUGGUGGCCACACAUGGGAAUGGCCCUAGUUUCCUCAAGUGUGCCAAAGUAAUCCAUGGUAGUGCAAGACACCUCCUCUUCCAACCAAACAACAAUGGCGACACGCCCUUGCAUUGCGCCGUAAGGGCCGGGAAUCCCCAAAUGGUUUCUCAGCUUGUUGAUCUUGCAACUGAAGCUAAUGGUGCCAAUGUUGUGAAGGAUCUCCUUAGGAAGGAGAAUAAUUCGAAGGAGACAGUACUGCACCAGGCUGUAUGCAUCGGCGAUAAUCUUAUGGUCAAGCUGCUAUUGACGUAUGAUUCAGAAUUGGCUAGAUUUCCUCGAGAAGGCACUUCACCACUGUAUCUAGCCAUCUUGCUGGAAAAGAAUGUUAUCGCUCAGACCCUAUAUGAUAUGAGUAAAAGAAACAUUCUAUCCUACGCUGGACCCAAUGGACAAAAUGCAUUGCACGCUGCAGUUUUUCGAGGCAAAGACAUGACAGAAAGGCUGUUGAGAUGGAAGAACGAUCUUUCUGAAGAAAGGGAUAAAUACGGGAGUACACCUCUUCACUUUGCUGCAUCAGUGGAAUCGUCACUACACAAUCGAUUCAGUUCCAAAGCAAUUGUCUCCAAAGUUCUUGAAGCUUGUCCUUCUUCAGCAUUUCAACCAGACAAUGAAGAGUCCCUACCAAUCCAUGUCGCUGCAUCUGCAGGUGUCCGGAGCGCCAUAGCAAUCUUGAUAGAAAAAUGGCCAGGUUGUGCCUCAUUUCGUGACUCUGAUGGAAGAACAUUCCUUCACAUUGCUGUCGAGAAGCAGAGGAAUGAUAUUGUUAGGUUUGCUUGCAAAAAAGUAGUUCUUUCAUCUGUGUUGAACAUGCAGGACAAAGAAGGCAACACUGCACUGCACCUAGCUGUCCAGCUUGGGAACCUGAGUUUAGUCUGCUCUUUGCUAGGUAACAAGCGGGUACUCUUAAAUCUGACAAAUAAGGUUGGGCAAACUCCACUGGAUGUAGCAAGAAGAAAAAUUCCUACAGGGAUUUUCUAUGGAUGGAACCUAGAAGAAACAAUACAUCAUGCCCUGGUUCGUUCCGGUGCAAAGCAUGGCACUAUUCGAUGGGAUCAACUGCAACAAAAACACAUACCCCCUGGGACGGCAGAGGGCGACAGCAACGAGUCCCAGAUACUGAGUGACUCAACCCAAACCCUAGCCAUUGGCUCCGUCCUGAUAGCAACGGUGACAUUCGGCGCAACUUUCGCUCUACCAGGAGGCUAUAGAGCUGAUGACCACAUCAAUGGCGGCUCACCGACACUCGCGGGAAGGUACACGUUCGACGCAUUCAUCAUGGCAACAACCUUAGCAUUCAUCUGCUCCUCGAUUGCCACCCUUGAUCUUAUGUACUCCGGGAUCUCCAUGGUCAACCUGCCUGUCCGCCGCAACCACUUCGCCGUGUCCAUCUUCUUCCUGACGAGCUCCGGGACCAGCUUGGUGGCUGCAUUUGCACUGGGGGUGUACAUGGUGCUGGCUCCGGUUGAUGCCAAGACUGGCAUUGCCAUCUGCGUGCUCAGCCCCUUCACUAUGCUGUACAGAAACAAGGGACGCCUUCAGAAGCUCUAUGCACUCGCUGGACCGUUGUAUAUCAGAAUGGGGCUUUGGGCGUUGCUGUCACUGACAAAAGAUAUUCUCUCUGGCGUGCUGAAGGAGUGUUGGACUCUGAUACUAAUCUUCGGCUGGGCUGGGUAUACGACAUAUUGUCGACACCACCGAUGAAUUAUAGGUCCCGAUCGAGAGAGAUGAAAAUAACAAGAUUGGCAAGCUGCAUUUGUGUGACUUCUGCAUCACUAUUUAUUGCUCUUUUCAAAUGCAUCGAUCUCUCUCAAUAGUAUGUCAAUGUUUAGGUUGUUGUACAUAUGCUAUAUAUGUAACCGUGUGCUUGCGUUUCUUGUAAAUAGUUAAUAUUUUAAAAAGGAAAAAGUACGAAUU